AUGGUGAUGUUACUUUCUCUGGCCCUCCACUAUAAGGACCUGAGGAGCUGGCAGUUCUGGAAGGCAGUGUUGGCUGAGGGCCUGGGCACCCUGAUCUUUGUAGGGGUGGUGCUUGGGGCCUCUUGCCCUAGCAGGGGCUCUGUUCCAGGCAUAACCCCAGAUCCCCUACAGCCAGCCCUUGCAGGAGGGUUGGUAGUAGUGGCCCUGGUACAGGUUUUGGGGGAGGUCAGUGGAGCCCAAACUAACCCAGCUCUGACCUUGGCACUGCUUUGUGCCCACCGGCUUGAUCUACUUCGGGGAGCUGCCUUCAUCCUGGCACAAAGCACAGGUGCCAUUCUGGCCUCUUCCAUUUUCUACCUGGUGCUGCCCCAGACUGCUGUGGUUCAGCUUGUAACCAGGGUAAGCAGUGGAAGUCAUGCAGGCCAAGCCCUGGGUAUGGAAUUUUUCUCCACCUUCCAGCUAAUUUUCACUGUAUUUGCCAUUACUGACCAGCAGCAACAGAGAGAGACAGGUGGGCUGGGCAGUCUGGCUGUGGGCUUUUCAGUGACUGCGGGGACAUUGGCUGCGGGGACUCUCUCUGGAGGCAGUAUGAAUCCUGCCAGGUCCCUGGGGCCUGCUGUGGUGACUGGGAUCUGGGACCAUCACUGGGUGUACUGGAUGGGGCCCACCCUUGGUGCCAUUCUUGCAGGCCUCUCCUUCGAGUUUCUCUUCUCGUCAGGAGCUUCUCAGAAAAAGCUUGUCAUCUGUGUAACCUGUCGUGAUGUGGAAAUGGUGGAGGCUGCCAAUAUGCCCCACUCCUCUAUGUCCACUGCCACACAGCACCCACUGCCUCGCCCUAUGUCCCACCCCAAGCCUGAACACAACUCAGCCCCCUUUCCAUUAGUCUCUCCCUAUUCCAUCUCUCCCCUUGACCAACCUGGUCCCCCAAACCACCCCUAAAGCCCUUCCCUGGGAUGUAGGUAGUAUGGCACUGCCUGGAUCUAGUGUUCAGAAUUUUGCAUCUUUCUAAGGUGACUUCUAGAUCCUUCUACAGCCCUGUGACUCUGUUUCCCUCCCUCCUCCACCCAAUGUUAUUGAAGUCUUGAGUUAGGAUAGAGGAAAGUGUGUGUUGAUUUUAAGGUAAAAUUACCAACAUCUCACCUCUAGCACCUCCAUGAAGAACCCUGCCCUGGUUCUGCUUCCUCCCCAUGAAAAGCACCCCAUGAUGCUAGAGGCCAAGCUGGGGCUUGGAAUGGAGGGGGGCAAAGGGAGACCAGGGCUCAGAGAAAGACCAGACACAGCAAAAAUCAUUCUGUCCCAGGCCUGCAGGGUUCACAGAUUCCAGCCCUGGCCGGCCAAUAACAGUGGAGCCUCUAAUCCUCCUGGAUGGGGGAAUUCACUCCUUUACACACCCUCCCUGCCAUCCCCCAAUUCCCACCCCCAAUUCCUGAAGCUGGCUGACUCAGAGUAGCCCUGAGGCCCCCAAGAACACUGCCUUUGACCCCGAGGACUUUCUCUGAGCCUGACUUUCAUAUCACAAGCAGAAUUUAGCAAUGUUCAUCUGUCUAUGACAUCAGUUCAGCACCCUGGACUUCCAAUUCCAGAUGCGAAGCUCACCUCUUCCCUCCCCUUCCCAGAAUCUCCCCAGUUCUCAU